UCUUUACAGGCAACACAUUGCAGUGAUGAGCAAAAUGACAACAGCGCUAAUAAAGUCUCUCAGUAUAUUAACGAAACCUAUUCGAGAUGGGCAGUUGAGCGAUGGUCAAACCACACAAUCAGCACUGCUUUCAGCUCUCCAGAAGAACCUGACUGAGCUCCAGGAGCACAUUUCCAAGGCUGGAGAUCUGACAGAAGUCACUCCACUUGUGGAAGAGGUCAGAAGAGACGUCACAUGGUUCUGCAGGGACACAGAGGACAUAACCUGGAGCUUUGUCCAGGAAUGUCUUCUCUUACUGCUCUGCCUGGCUCGACACCUCAAGUGCCUUCUGGAUGCCUUUCAGAAAAAUCCUGCAGCACCAAAUCUGGCAACCCCUGAAGCAGCUCCUCCACUUCCUCCAGAUGUUCUCAGUGUGGCCCAGCAGAAGACACUGGGUGCUGUGCUGCAGUUUGUGGUCACUCUGGGUCUCUGUCCAUAUUUGGCUCCCGGUGUAGGGGUGGCAUUGGCACUGAGGUCAGCCUUUGGGGCUGCUGUAGAAGGGGCCGUCCGACUUGAUGUGGGCCCUGCGGGUGAAAGACGACUUCUUAUCACUACUAAUGUGCUGCUGGAGGUGUCUGCACUUUCAUCGCUGGCUACUCCUGUUUUUACACGUCAUCUGGGUGAUAUUAUGGCGGCACUGUGUCAGUUGGCAUAUCGACCCCAGCGGCCUGAUGGAGAUGGUGCAAAGAGCCAUAAGGGUCUGACAGUAGAGGAGCGCAAGUCCUGCAGAGAAUCACUUCACAGUCUUCUAGGAAAAGUGUAUCAGCCAAUCGUAAUUAAAGAACUGCUUGUCCUCCAAGGGGGUCCUAAACAGGGAUCUUCAGGCUCCAGAGCAGGAGGGAAAGCUCUUGCUCAGGCUCCUCCAUGGCUGAGGAGACUGUGUGGACAGAUGCUGUCUGACAGGUUAAUGCAACCUCAAGGCGUCCAGGCCGUGGUGAGGGCCAUUCUAGAAGGUACUGGAGCAGGUGGCGACUCUGAAUGGAGGAAGUGUGAUGCUGUGGCCAAGAUUCUAGCUGCCUGCCCUCAACAGUCGCUCUCUGCUGAAAAUUAUUACAGUCAAGUAUGUCCACAGAUUCUGGAGCUUCUUCAUUUCAAAGACAAGUUGACUGCACAGCAGUUCCAGAGAGUGGCCACUAGGGCGGCGAUCAUCAUGGUGCAGGAUCGGCCUGAGUUUGCACAGCAAUUCCUGCUCGAUCCUCUUCUCUCCCCUCUUCAUCGCUGUGCAGUGGGUGAUGAGCUAUCCCAGGAUGCAGUAGAGGAGUGGGAGCUGACUCGCUGUAUCGAGGACGUAUAUAAAAUUUGCGUGGUGGGUAACAGUCCAUCAGACGUGCUCCUGAAAGCUCUGGCAAAUGUCAUCUCACCACUGUUUGGGUUAUUUUGCUUCACCAAACAGAAUGUUUCUCAUUUACGCUCGUCCUGCCAGGAGAUCCUCAUAUGGUGCCUGUCUCACUCAGAGCGCUCUGAAGGUUUGACGCUUCUGAAACGCCUGUGUGGACUUCUAGGAGAAGUGUGUGGAGUCAAAUGUGGUUUUCAAUUCUCACCUGGCAGCGAAGGAGGGGCCAGACUUACAGUCAGAGAGCAAAUAAGUGAUGAAGAUGACGCUCUGUAUGAGAAGGUCUCCAGCGAGCAGUGGAGGGUUCAGUGUCUGGUGCAGUUACUGGGAGACAUGAAGGAUAGUGACCUGCCUGGAGAGUUUUUUCUGCUUCUGCUUCAGGAUUUAACAGCUGUGGCUGCUGAGCAGGAGGAUGUCCAGCAGGAAAUGGACACCUCAUCAUUGACCCUGCUGGAGUUAGAGCAGCACCUGCUGGGCCGUGUGAAUGGACACGGACAGAGACUCGCUCUACUGCAGACACUAGCCAUCAUGUGUGAGGGUCUUCCUCACACGCAGCUGCUCUGCAAGCCCACUCAGGUGGUGGGGUUCAUAGUGUCCAUGCUGCAGAGGGCUUGUGUUAGCCUGGAACGUGGCAUUGAUAGCCCCGUGGAGAGUCAGACUCUCAGUAUGGGAAUGGGGCUUGUGGCCACUCUUCUCUCUGGAGCUGCUGAGCUCACUCCAGAUGAUUAUUCAUCAAUGGCUGAACUGCUGCCCUACCUGGAGCAGAUUUCCCAGCAGCACCCAGAACCAGUCAUCCAGGAGCUGGCCUCUGAUCUGAGGGCUACUAUUGCCACACAUGGGGCUUAUCACCCUAAACCUGUCCUGAAAACUGCUGGUCAGCACAAUACAGCCCAUAGUCCUGCUCAACAUGCAAACCACAGUUCAAACUCCAGUCCAGCCACUACAUCCUCAUCUAGAGCUCCUUCCAGAUCCCAGAUCCCCUCACAACCACUCUCACAUCCCAAAAAUACAGCAGACCUUGGUGCAAAACCCAAAGUGAAGGACUUUACUGAGAUUUCACCAAAUAAAGCUUUCUCUGAAUGCAUGCUGGAGGCCUGUGACCCGGAUGUGCCCACCCGAGCCGUAGCUGUGCGUUCACUAACCCGCUCUCUAAGAGAUGGAGACAGAGAAGCACUGCAAAACAAGGACAAACUACUAAUGCUCUUUCUGGAAAACCUGGAGCAUGAAGACUCCUUUGUGUAUCUGUCUGCCAUUCAAGGCUUGGCAGUGUUGGCUGACUCUUUCCCUGAGCAGAUUCUGCAGAGACUGCUGGGAGAGUAUCAGACCGAUGUGAGCGACGGUCCCCCCCAUAAAGAGCGAUCCCUCGAGACACGACUUAAAGUGGGCGAGGUUUUAAUGAGAGCCAGCAGAGCCAUGGGUGACCUCGCGCCACACUAUGGCCGUCCUCUGAUUGGUGUGUUUCUGAGCGGCACACGAGACGAGGACAGUAGUGUUCGCGCCAGCAGCCUCUCUAACUUGGGCGAACUCUGCCAACGUCUCAACUUUUCACUCGGAUCAUUGGCACAAGAGUUGAGCAUGUGUCUGACAUCUCUGAUCAAGACGGACAGAGAAGCAGAGGUUCGAAGGGCUGCUGUCCACGUCAUUGCUCUGGUUCUCAGAGGCCUAAGUGAUAAAACCACUCAGGUUCUUGCCGAUGUUUUGUUGGAGCUGUAUCGAGCUCUAAAGUGGGUUGUUAGAUCAGACUCAGAUGAUGUUGUCAAACUUCACGCUCAAAUCGCUCUCGAGGAACUGGAUGACGUCAUGAGGAGGUUCAUCUUCCCUCAGCAGAAACUCGAGAAAAAGAUUGUGGUACUUCCUUGAAAAUGCUCCAGAUUAAUGUAGCCAAAAGCUUCUCUUUUAGUUUUCUAUCGUCCAUUAAAUCAUUUAUACUUGUGGUAAA